AAAAAACCUUCUCAUACUUCCAACACGCACACAGAGACAACACCGAGCGCACAACCUGAAGUAUUUUGCAUGCUUUCUACUCUUUUACGAAAACUUGAGCCCCUUCACUGACAAUUUACUGUCUUGAACAAAAACAGUUCAUGACGAGAAGCAGCCUCUCUGCUCAAUCAAGUGAAGGUGCUCUGAGAAUAUGGCUAGUUUCUGGGUGCAGCUGGGAUUGCUGCUGUGGAAGAAUUUUACAUACAGGCGGAGACAGACAUUUCAGCUGCUGAUAGAGGUGGCGUGGCCUCUCUUUCUGUUCUUCAUAUUGAUCUCUGUGCGACUCUCCUAUCCUCCAUAUGAGCAGCAUGAGUGCCACUUCCCAAACAAAGCAAUGCCAUCUGCUGGGACUCUGCCGUGGAUUCAAGGCAUUAUUUGUAAUGCAAACAACCCCUGUUUUCGCUAUCCAACACCGGGUGAAUCCCCAGGAGUGAUUGGAAAUUUUGAUAAAUCGAUAAUCUCCCGUCUGUUUUAUGAUGCCAAGAAAAUUCUUCUGUACAGCCAAACGGAUGGCAACGUGGGAUCCUUUCACAACCUGUUCGAAGCUCUAAAGAAAUUCAGCAAUUCAACUUCAGAUCUCAGGGUCCGGGAUUUCUUGGUCGAGAAUGAGACAUUGUCAGAAUUUCUGUAUCAGAACAUGUCAUUUGAUCAUGAUACAGUGGAACAGAUCCUGGAUGCUAAUGUAGAUUUUGGAAAGAUCAUUACAGAGGGGCAAGGAUUGCGGCUGAAGGACCUUUGCAAUGGCCCAAAACUCAAGGACUUUAUUAUUAUUGGAGAUCGCUCCACAGCCAUUCACGCUCAGUCUCUUAUUUGUACCUUAUCUGAUGCGGAACUUAAAAAAGUUGAACUAACAUUCUUUUCCAACCUGGAUAUUUUAAAGUUAAUGCAAAAAGGAUUGAUCACUAAUCCUAAAGAAGCAUUGGAAGUAACUGAAGCCUUGGAUGACGUUAUGCAAAAUCUCAUGAUUCUAGCCAAAGAGCUAAUGGAAGUGAAGAGUUGGACUGACAUGCGAAGAGAGGUAUUGUUACUGUCCAAUGACAGUAUGACAGGGUCACCCCAAGAGCUGUACCAGGCUGUGUCGAGAAUUGUGUGUGGUCAUCCCGAAGGCGGUGGAUUAAAAAUCAAAUCCCUGAAUUGGUAUGAGGACAACAACUACAAGUAUCUUUUGGGUAGAAAUGGCACGGAUGACGAUACAGCGCACUAUGACAACUCAACAACACCGUACUGCAAUGACCUGAUGAGGAACUUGGAAUCCAAUCCCAUUUCUAAAAUGAUCUGGAGGGCUAUGAAACCAUUGCUGGUUGGUAAAGUGCUGUACACUCCUGAUACCCCAGUGACGCGAAGAAUUGUUCAGGAGGUUAAUGAAACCUUUCAAGAGUUGAGUAUCUUCAGAGAGAUUGGAGAGAUGUGGAAAGAGGUGGGACCAAAGGUCUGGGAAUUUAUGGAAAGAAGUCAGGCAAUGGAUUUGAUUCGAAGCCUACUAAAGAAACAUGUUACAGCAAAGUAUGUUGAUUCAAAGUUAGAAGGAACCUCUUGGACAGCCGCUGACCUUUCCAGGUUUCUUGCUAAAUAUCCAGAAGAGGUUCAACAUCCUAACAAGUCUACGUACACCUGGAGAGAGGUUUACAAUGAGACUGAACAGGCGAUUCAGACAAUUUCACUCGCUAUGGAGUGCGUAAAGUGGGAUAAAUUAGAAGCUGUGUCCACUGAGGAGAAACUGAUAAACAAAUCAAUGGAGCUGCUGGAUGAAAGGAAAUUCUGGGCAGGAAUUGUCUUUCUGGACUUUGAUUCAAACAGUACGAAACCAUCAGAGCAUGUCAAGUACAAAAUUCGGAUGGACAUAGACAACGUGGAGAGAACAAACAAGAUCAUGGACGGGUAUUGGGAUCCUGGUCCUCGUGCUGACCCAUUUGAAGACCUCCGUUAUAUUUGGGGUGGUUUCUCGUACCUCCAGGAUAUACUAGAGCAUGCAAUCAUCCGCACUGUAACUGGGAGGAAAGAGAAAACUGGCGUGUACAUUCAGCAAAUGCCGUACCCCUGCUAUGUGGAUGACCUGUUUCUACGCGUUCUGAGCCAGUCACUACCUCUUUUCACCACUCUGGCCUGGAUCUACUCUGUUGCUGUGAUAAUUAAAGGGAUAGUGUAUGAGAAAGAAGCACGUCUCAAGGAGACCAUGAGGAUUAUGGGUCUGAGUAGUGGCACGCUGUGGCUCAGCUGGUUCAUCAGCAGUUUAAUCCCUCUUCUCGUCAGUGCUGCCUUGCUGGUGAUAAUUCUAAAGGAAGGGAACAUAUUGCCAUACAGCAACCCCAUUGCUGUCUUCACAUUCCUUGCUGUUUUUGGUGUAGUCACCAUCUUACAAUGCUUUUUGAUCAGCACCAUGUUCUCAAAGGCUAACCUGGCAGCAGCCUGUGGAGGGAUCAUCUACUUUACCCUGUACCUUCCUUACGUGCUCUGUAUGGCUUGGCAGGAGUAUACAACCUACUCGGUCAAAAUCAUUGCUAGCCUGCUCUCUCCAGUCGCCUUUGGCUUUGGUUUUGACUACUUUGCCCAAUUCGAAGAGCAAGGAAUUGGAGUCCAGUGGUAUAACCUCUUCUCGAGUCCCUCGAAAGGUGAUGAGUACAACAUCACCACAUCCAUCAUCCUUAUGAUCGUUGACACAUUUCUCUACGGAGUUCUGACUUGGUACAUUGAGGCAGUAUUUCCAGGUCAAUAUGGCAUUCCAAAGCCAUGGUAUUUUCCUUUUACCAAAUCCUAUUGGUGUGGAGACACAGUUCAGAACAUUAGGCAGACUCCAUCUGCUCAGAAUGCGAAUUCACAGAUCUGUGUGGAAGAGGAGCCAAGUCACCUCAAACUUGGUGUCUCUAUUCAAAACCUGGUCAAGAUUUACCGCAAUGGCAAGAAGCUGGCGGUUGAUGGACUCAGUCUCAGCUUUUACGAAGGGCAGAUCACAUCUUUCCUAGGACAUAAUGGAGCUGGCAAAACCACAACUAUGUCAAUAUUGACAGGAUUGUUUCCGCCAACUUCUGGGACUGCUUAUAUUCUGGGAAAAGAUAUCUGUUCCGACCUUGAUUCUAUUCGGCAAAGCCUGGGUGUGUGCCCACAGCACAAUGUCCUUUUUGAUAUGCUUACUGUGGAGGAACAUGUCUGGUUUUACGCACGACUAAAGGGAUUGUCAAGGAGUGAGGUGAAGGCAGAGGUGGAACAGAUGGUCUUGGAUGUGGGGCUACCCAACAAGCGUAAAGAAACAACCAACAAGCUUUCAGGUGGAAUGCAACGUAAACUUUCAGUGGCCCUUGCAUUUGUUGGUGGCUCAAAAGUUGUCAUCUUGGAUGAACCAACUGCUGGAGUUGACCCAUAUUCUCGCCGUGGGAUAUGGGAUUUGCUGCUGAAAUAUCGGCAAGGUCGGACGAUUAUCCUCUCUACACAUCAUAUGGAUGAGGCGGAUAUGCUGGGAGACCGGAUUGCCAUUAUUUCUAAUGGCAAGCUAUGCUGUUGUGGAUCAUCACUGUACCUAAAGAACCAAUUAGGAACAGGUUACUACCUCACUCUGGUCAAGAAAGAUUUGGAGCCAUCUCUCAGUUCCUGUCGAAACAGCAGCAGCACCAUGUCCUACUUAAAAAAGGAGGACAGUGUUUCUCAAAGCAGCUCUGAUGCUGGGCUUGGCAGUGAUCAAGAAAGUGAUACCAUCACAAUAGAUGUUUCAGCCAUUUCCAAUCUCAUCUUAAAACACAUUCCAAAGGCUCGCUUGGUUGAAGAUAUUGGCCAUGAACUGACCUACGUGCUGCCUUAUGAGGCAGCUAAAGACGGGGCUUUUGUGGAACUUUUUCAUGAGAUUGAUGACAGGCUUUCUGACCUUGGAAUUUCCAGUUAUGGAAUCUCCGACACCACCCUGGAAGAAAUUUUCCUUAAGGUUGCCGAGGAUAAUGGAGUGGAUGCUGAAACCUCAGAUGGCAUGAUUCCAGCUUGCCGAAAUCGCAGAUCGAGAUUUGUGGACAGACAGAGUUGCUUGAGACCGUUUACUGAUGAUGCUGCUGAUGUUAAUGACUCAGAUGGUGAUCCCGAGGCCCGCGAAACGGACUUUCUGAGUGGAAUGGAUGGGAAAGGCUCUUACUCAGUAAGAGGCUGGAAUCUUUUUCGGCAGCAAUUUGUGGCAUUGUUUUGGAAGAGGUUGAUUUAUGCAAAACGCAGCAGGAAAGGAAUUUUUGCUCAGAUCGUGCUGCCUGCUGUGUUUGUGUGUAUUGCACUGGUGUUCAGUCUGAUUGUGCCUCCAUUUGGAAAAUAUCCCAGUUUAGAACUGCAUCCCUGGAUGUAUGACGAGCAGUAUACUUUCAUUAGUAAUGAUGCCCCUGGAAACAAGAACGCAGAAAAACUGCUUGACUCUCUUGUUAAUAAACCAGGGUUCGGCACACGGUGUAUGAAAGGAAACCCCAUUCUAGAUAAUCCCUGUGAGCCUGCAGCAGGGGAAUGGAUGACGCCAUCUGUUUCGAAUUCUGUCAUGGAUGUCUUUUUCAAAGGGAAUUGGACAAUGGAUAAUCCUUCACCAUCCUGUCGAUGUAGUGAUAACACUAUAAAGAAGAUGCUCCCUGACUGCCCUGCAGCUGCUGGUGGACUUCCGCCUCCUCAGAUAAAGUUGAACUCUACAGACAUCCUCCAGAACCUGUCAGGCAGAAAUGUGUCCGAUUACCUUGUGAAAACCUAUGCACAAAUCAUUGGGCGAAGUUUAAAGAACAAAAUGUGGGUGAAUGAAUUCAGGUAUGGAGGAUUUUCACUUGGGGGAGAAAGCUCUCAGUUGCUGCUACCACAGGAAGAAAUCACUCAAGCCAUACUCCAUUUAAAAGAGGCACUUGCAUUGACGCAGGGGAGUGCUUCUGACCGUUUUAUGAGCCAGCUCUUGAAAUUUAUGUCAGGAUUAGACACAAAAGAUAAUGUUAAGAUUUGGUUCAACAACAAAGGCUGGCAUGCCAUCGGAGCCUUCCUGAAUGUCAUGAACAAUGCUAUUCUUCGGAAUCGGUUAGGGGAAGAUGAAGAUCCCAGUGCAUAUGGAAUCACCGCCAUCAAUCAUCCUCUCAAUUUGACCAAAGAGCAGAUCUCUGAGGUGGCUCUGAUGACCACUUCCGUGGACGUUCUGGUUUCCAUCUGUGUGAUCUUUGCCAUGUCCUUUGUGCCGGCAAGUUUUGUUGUUUUCCUGAUUCAGGAACGGGUCACCAAAGCCAAGCAUAUGCAGUUCAUCAGCGGAGUGAAACCGGCCAUGUAUUGGCUCGCUAACUACGUAUGGGAUAUGUGCAACUAUGUGGUUCCUGCCACUCUGGUCAUUAUUAUUUUCGUCUGUUUUCAACAAAAGUCAUACGUGUCUUCCUCGAAUUUGCCUGUGUUGGCACUGCUUCUCUUCCUGUAUGGAUGGUCCAUCACACCUUUGAUGUACCCAGCAUCAUUUGUGUUCAGGAUCCCCAGCACUGCCUAUGUGAUACUAACCAGUGUGAAUUUGUUCAUUGGUAUUAAUGGCAGCGUGGCAACCUUCGUAUUGGAGCUGUUUAGCAACAAUAAAUUGAACAGCAUUAACGAAGUCCUGAAAUCUGUAUUCCUCAUCUUUCCCCACUUCUGUUUGGGCCGUGGGUUGAUUGACAUGGUGAAAAAUCAGGCCAUGGCAGAUGCUUUAGAGCGAUUUGGCGAGAAUCAUUUUGUCUCCCCGCUUUCCUGGGAUCUGGUAGGAAGGAACCUGUUUGCUAUGGCUGUGGAAGGAGUGGUUUUCUUCUUCAUCACUGUCCUGAUUCAGUACAGAUUCUUUAUAAAACCAAGACACACAUCUGUAAAACUUCCAGUACUAACUGAUGAAGAUGAGGAUGUGGCCAAGGAAAGGCAGAGGGUCUUGAGCGGUGGAUGUCAAAAUGACAUUCUGGAACUGAAAAGUCUGACAAAAAUUUACAGGAUGAAACGGAAACCUGCUGUGGACAGACUUUGUGUUGGGAUCCCACCAGGAGAGUGCUUUGGGCUUCUCGGGGUGAAUGGUGCUGGGAAAACAACCACCUUCAAAAUGUUGACUGGAGAUAGUUAUGUGACAGGAGGAGAAGCUUUUCUUAAUGGCUACAGCAUUUUAUCCAACAUACAAGAGGUCCACCAGAACAUGGGUUACUGUCCUCAGUUUGAUGCCAUUAACGAGCUUCUCACUGGCCGGGAACAUCUGGAGCUGUAUGGACUCCUGCGAGGAAUUCCUGAGAAAGAGAUCUGCAAGGUUGCCGAAUGGGGAAUCCAAAAGCUGGGAAUUAUUCGAUACGCAGAUAAAAGGGCUGGAAACUACAGUGGUGGGAACAAACGCAAACUCUCUACUGCUAUGGCUCUGCUUGGGGGUCCUCCUGUGCUAUUUCUGGAUGAACCCACAACAGGAAUGGACCCAAAGGCUCGGAGAUUUCUGUGGAACACAAUUCUUAGUAUUGUAAAAGAAGGGAGAUCAGUGGUCUUGACAUCACAUAGCAUGGAAGAAUGUGAAGCUCUGUGCACUCGAAUGGCCAUAAUGGUAAAUGGCAAAUUUCGAUGUCUGGGCAGUGUGCAGCACCUCAAAAACAGAUUUGGAGAUGGGUAUACGAUAAUUGUGAGGAUAGCUGGUCCAAACCCAGACCUGAGCCCCGUGGAGCAGUUUUUUAAGCGGGCUUUUCCUGGCAGCAUUCUCAAGGAGAAGCACCGCAACAUGCUGCAGUAUCAGCUGCCAUCCUAUCAAUCCUCCUUAUCAAGGAUCUUCAGUAUUCUCUCCAGCAACAAGGAGAAGCUUCAAAUUGAAGACUACUCUGUUUCACAAACCACACUAGACCAAGUUUUUGUAAAUUUUGCCAAGGACCAAAGUGAUGAUGACCUCUCGAAGGACACGUCAGUUCAUAGAAAUGAAACUGUCUUAGAUGUUGCACUCCUGAAUACAUUUUUACAUGACAACAGUGUGAAGGAAAGCUGUGUGUGAGUUGACAAACUGAACUUCAGACUGAAAAGCAGCUUUGCUUCGUUCAGAAUGGAAACUUCUCGAGGAGAAGGAAGAGAAAAACUGGACACUCUACUCAUGCCAUUCAAUGCAAUCCAAUGCAACAAUUCCAUUAUCUGGUGACAAAGUGGUGCCUCUGUUGGUUGCGGAUUAGUAUUAGAGGUUAAGUGUAAAACUUGAAUAUAGUUGGUAUUUCAACAUGACUUGUGAAACUCUAGGGCUCUAUUCAAUUACCAUAAGUUAUCAUUUAACAUUAGCGAUGUGACAAUCGUGCAGUUAUUGAUUAGCCAUGGCCAGUAAUUGAGUUAAGAAAUCAAUAACUGAUAAAUAUAUGUGUGUCAACACACUGUCCUGACUUACGUUGUGUUUGAAAUAUCUAUCACAUCUAUCACAUUCUGGUGCUUUCAGAAUAUAUAACCAAAGUCUGGGCACAUUUAAUAAUUACUGUGUGUGACUUCAUAAUUUUUGAAAAAAAAUUAAUAAAGUAACAUAUUUAUUUACUGAUUGCAGGUGUAACCGGCUUAAAAAGGAAGUGUUUACAUAAGUAUUGUACCCCAACUUAUAAAGUGAAUCUCUACAUUUUCAUCGGCGCUAGAGUUUUCUAAUAGUCAUGUUUAAAGCUCUAUUUUGGCCGUUUCAUUCCAAGCACUUUAUACAGAUGGUUCUGGAACAUGCAUUUUUUUUAUUUUUAAACUGAAAUAUCAAUUAUCAUUAUUAAAGCUAACAAAAAUAAUUGAUAAAGCUUGAUGACUAAAGGCUUGACAUGUAAAAAUUGGUCAUUUUUCCUACAAAAAUGUUGCGAUACCAAAAAAAACAAUGUUUUUGUGACAACAUGAUUGCGUAAAUGCAUUUGUAUAUUGUUUUAAGUUUCUCAUGUGUUUGUUGUGUCAAUAACCCCAUUUCAGACACAACACACCAAUCUAUCUUCCUCACUCUCCAGAAAGGGAUGCAGUUGUCUUUUGAACUCAUUGAUAAAGUUGUUAUCAUGUGUUUACCUGUUAAAUUAUUCUUCAAGGAGGAACCAAUUUUAAAAAGCAUGCUUCAGUUAUUUAGGAAUUUGUUCAAAUCUCAAGCACAACAGUGUUUAGGGUAUUGCAACUCUAAAAGGAUAUAUUGGCCUUGGAGAGUCUGGAUACUACAGAGUUGAGAACUAGAGGACAUUGUUUCAAGAUGAAUGGUGAAAUGGAAUUAAAGAAGGUAUAAAGAAAAUACUUUUUUGUUUUCACAUAGUAAGUGGAAUGCACUAUCCAAAACCAUGGUGUAGGCAGAUUUAAUCAUAACUUUCAAAUGGAAAUUGACUAAUUUAAAAAAACUUGCAGGCAAUGGGGGAAAGGCAGAAGAUUGGAAUGUGCCAAGUUUCACAUAUAGAGAGCUGACACAGUUACUGUGGAUCAGUUGGUGUCCUUCUGUGCUAUUUGCCUGCUAUAACUUCGACUUUAAAAGAUUGUUAUAGUCUGCAUAAAUGUGGCUUAGGACAAAGCCCUCUGCCUGCAGAAACAAGGACAAGGGACCAUCAGCUUAAAAUAAUGUUGAGUCAUGAACUAUUUUCUUAAUCAUCUGCCAUUUAUUCCUAAAUGUACUUGCUGCUAAAACUCCUCUCCCAGUUUACUCCAGCUGGCAGUGGCCUUAUUUGUUUGUAAUUUGCAUAUUCAAGCUUAGCACAUUUGUUACUGACACAAGUCCCUCCCUCAAACUGAAUGCCAUGCUUUGGUUACUAGCAUCCAGCAACUACCUCUCGUUGCAGCAGAAGCACUACACCAGCCCUGCCAUCGCUCCUGCAUUUGAUUGAAUUUAUAAAUUAGUUACUCCAGGUUCUCAGCUGUUGGCAAAUUAAUGAUGUUUUGCUUUGAUAAAAUAAAGUGCACAAGUGUCAAUUUUAUCCUUAAAUAGCUAUUUUCCAAAGGGGAAAAAAGAACACCGGAUAUCUAAACACAGAAUAUAUUUUACUUUUAUUUUAAAAGCUAGAAGUAUUCACCAAUCCUGCACUCAGGUCAUAGUGUGGUUAAUGGCAUCCCUCCAUUGUAGGUCCAAAUACAGGUUGGAUUCUUGAUCUAGGCUUUUUGUCCUUUACCCCUUCACUGCUUGCUCUGGAACUUCUUGCAGUAAAACCUUGUUAAAGCCCCUCUGUCCCCCUUUUGCAUUGAAUUACUGUUUUGCACUAAAUUUCCAGCAUUAUACUCACUCGGCCUUCAUCUCACUUCAGUAAAGUCUCUUGCACGCUGAAUGUGUGGUGAGGGAGUCGGCUUUCUUAAAUGGAUCUGUUCAGAUACACACCUUAGUGAUAGUUUUAGAUUAGAUUCCCUACAGUGUGGAAACAGGCCCUUUGGCCCAACAAGUCCACACCGCCUCUUAGAGAAUCCCACCCAGACCCAUCCCCCUAUAAACCACACACCCCUGAACACUAUGGGCAAUUUAGCAUGGCCAAUCCACCUAGCCUGCAUAUCUUUGGACUGUGGGAGGAAACCGGAGCACCUGGAGGAAACCCACACAGGCACGGGGAGAAUGUGCAAACUCCACACAGACAGUCGCCCGAGGCUGGAAUUGAACCUGGGUCCCUGGUGCUGUGAGGCUGCAGUGCUAACCACCGAGCCACCGUGCCGCCCCUAGUGAUCAACACUUCACACAAACAAAGGAAUUCAGGUGUUGAAUUCUAGCUGCCACAAUCCGGCAGCUACUUUCUUUGAUCCUCCUUAAGAACUUCUGAAGAAAGAACACUGAACUUGAAAUGUUAACUGUUUUCUCUCCCCAGAUAUUGCCAGACUUGAGUUUCUCCUGCAAUUUCUGUUCUUGUUUGUUUCAGAUCUCCUGCAGCUGUUUGUUAUGUUUCAGCAACUUUCUUCAAUUAGACAAUUUAAAUUACUUACGAAUCUGACUUUAUCACUAACUCAUGGGUACCCGCAUGGGCCCAAGCUAUGCCUGCCUCUUUGUAGGUUACGUCGAACAGUCCCUCUUCCGCACCUACACAGACCCCAAAUCCCACCUCUUCCUCUGUUACAUUGAUACUGUAUCGGCGCCGCCUCUUGCUCCCCAGAGGAGCUCGAACAGUUCAUCCACUUCACCAACACCUUCCACCCCAACCUCAAGUUCACCUGGGCCAUCUCCAACACAUCCCUCACCUUCCUGGACCUCUCAGUCUCCAUCUCAGGCAACCAGCUAGAAACUGAUGUCCAUUUCAAGCCCACUGACUCCCACAGCUACCUAAAAUACACCUCCUUCCACCCACCCUCCUGCAAAAAUUCCAUCCCCUAUUCCCAAUUCUUCCACCUCUCCUGCAUCUGUUCCCAGGAUGAGGCAUUCCACUCCCGCACAUCCCAGAUGUCCACGUUUUUCAAGGACUGCAACUUUCCCCCCACAGUGGUCGAGAACCCCUUGACCACGUCUCCCACAUUUCCCACAACACAUCCCUCACACCCCACCACCGCCCCAAGAGGAUCCCGCUCAUUCUCACAUACCACCCCACCAAUCUCUGGAUACAACACAUCAAACUCCAACACUUCCGCCAUCUACAAUCCGACCCCACCACCCAAGACAUUUUUCCAUCCCCACCCUUGUCUGCCUUCCGGAGAGAUCACUCUCUCCGUAACUCCCUUGUCCGCUCCACACUCCCCUCCAAUCCCACCACACCUGGCAUCUUUCCCUGCAACCGCAGGAAGUGCUACACUUACCCCCACACCUCUUCCAUCACCCCCAUCCCAGGCCCCAAGAUGACUUUCCAUAUUGGGCAGAUGUUUACCUGCACAUCUACCAAUGUGGUAUACUGUAUCCAUUGUACCCGGUGUGGCCUCCUCUACAUUGAGGAAACCAAGCGGAGGCUUGGGGACCGCUUUGCCGAAUACCUCCGCUCGGUUCGCAAUAAACAACUGCACCUCCCAGUCGCGAACCAUUUUAACUCCCCUUCCCAUUCCUCAGAUGACAUGUCCAUCAUGGGCCUCCUGCAGUGCCACAAUGAUGCCACCCGAAGGUUGCAGGAACAGCAACUCAUAUUCUGCUUGGGAACCCUGCAGCCCACUGGUAUCAAUUUGGACUUCACAAGCUUCAAAAUCUCCCCUUCCCCCACUGCAUCCCAAAACCAGCCCAGCUCGCCCCCUCCCCCCACUGCAUCCCAAAACCAGCCCAGCCUGUCUCCGCCUCCCUAACCUGUUCUUCCUCUCACCCAUCCCUUCCUCCCACCUCAAGCCGCACCUCCAUUUCCUACCUACUAACCUCAUCCUGCCUCCUUGACCUGUCCGUCUUCCCUGGACUGACCUAUCCCCUCCCUGCCUCCCCACCUAUACUCUCCUCUCCACCUAUCUUCUUUUCGCUCCAUCUUCGUUCCACCUCCCCCUUUCUCCCUAUUUAUUCCAGAACCCUCUCCCCAUCCCCCUCUCUGAUGAAGGGUCUAGGCCUGAAACAUCAGCUUUUGUGCUCCUGAGAUGCUGCUGGGCCUGCUGUGUUCCUCCAGCUCCACACUGGUUUCUCUGACUUCAGUGUCUACAGUUUUUGCUGUCACCAAUGGAUAGGAGAUUUGGAGGUGCCAUUUUAGAAAUAGGACAUUAAACCCUGACAGUAGCUUCCCUCUCUGUUGAACAGAGAAAAUCACAUUCAAAGAAGAGCAGGGGAAGUCUCAGUAUCCUGGCUAAUGUUUAGUCCUCAAGUAACAUUUCAGACUGAAUUAAUUGACCAGUCUCUCAGUUGUCCACCGUGUUGCAUAAUAACACAGGACAGAUUUUAAAAAUGUGCCUACAAUGUCCUGAUAGCCAGUAUGGAGGUGCUGUUCUGAAUUCACGUAUUUGUUCAAUUGGCCUUUACAGGUUUCUCAGACGUCACGAACACAAUCUAACAUUCUAAAUUAUCACCCAUACUUUCAAAGCUCUUCAUGGCUUCAUCUUUCAUCUGUUCUAUCCUUAUAAUUUACCAAGACUUCCAAAUCUGCACUCCUGCAGAUUAGCAUCACUGCUCAAAUUUGAAUUGUAAUUAAACUGUUAGGCCCAAAAUUAUGGAAUUCCCUCUCUUAACCUACUUACAGUAUCUUAUCCAUAACCUCAAAUUUUGUCUGAUAAUGCUCUGGGAUGUACAUUGAGAUAUUUAAUGAAAUUAAAGGCACAAUAUAAAAGCAAGUUGUUGAUUAUACCUGGAUUAAGGAAGACAAUGACAUUGGUUGAUCGCAUCUGAUGUUGUGUAUUUAUCAACUUUACUAAUGAAUACACAUAUCUUUCCUUUCAUACAACACAUUCACAUUAAAAACCAUAUCACAGAAGUGUGCUGCAGAAUAAAUGGAUGAAAUAACUUUGUGCUAAAAGUGGGGAGUUCUUUCCAGGGGAA